AUGAUCCUCAUAAAGAAGAUCUGUUCCGAUUUUUAAAAAUUAGAAUUUCUUAAACAAAACUCUCUAUCCCCCUUGUCUUCAAUGUAAUAAAAUCGUUCCUCCUUUACUUCAAUAACUAAAUCCUGCCAUAUUUAUAGGAAGACUAAAAUAAUAUGA